AUGAGACGCGGUGCUGUCAAGCUGCUCGCCCUGCAGUUUGCCCUUCUGUCAUGUCGGAUCUGUGCAGCCAUCCUCAUGCCAGGCACUCAACUGAUUCUUGCCUACGAUCCGUCGAUUGCGAACCUGUCAACCAACAUCAACUUGCUGUUUCAAGUUCAAACUGCGGGCCCUGCGACGAAGCUGCAGGGUUUUCUGAUGAAUUUCUCGGACUCCUCGACCUCUGUGAGCAGAGACCUGCAUUUCACGGAGGCUUGGAGCUCUCGGAAUGCGGCGCCAGCGGGCAACGACACGCUCGCUUCAGUGGACCGCGUCUCCUGGAACAAGCUGACGUACGCAAUUGAGAUUUCUUUCAAGAGGGAGCUUCCUAGUGGGUUCUGGGUGGACAUCACCAUCUCUUCCUCCAACGGGAUCCGCCUCCCCGAGCGAGGGCUGUUGCAACAGGACUCGAGACUGACGUUCAGCGGCGCCACGUGCAUUUCCCCCGCCGUAGGAAGUUUUCUUGAUAUCGCCAACCCGACAGAGCUCCGGGUGUCUGGAGAUAAACUUGGGCAAAUCAUCUUCCGUCCUCAUUUCCGUAUUUUCCCUCAAGACAAGGUCAUCAUCGACUUGCCGGAUUUCUACACAACAUCGGAGACAAGCGUAGUCACCAUAGGGGGCACCACGGAGAGUUGGAGUCUGAGCAAGAGGACACUGACAAUACAGUUCAGCUCUACACAGGAGAAGGACGUGCUGCAGUCCAUCUCCGUAUGGCCGACCAUCUCCAUUCCUGUCAACGGGCUGCUAUCAUCGUCUACUGCCUUGACAAUCUCCUGCGAUUGUGCGGAAGGACCGGUCACUCCUACCCCCUUCGUGAAGAUCCCCGAUGUUGUCGGAUACAUCGCACAGUCAAGCUUGAAGCUCAGCAAGAGCUCCUGCUUGUUCGACGGUUUCAGGUGGCAGUGCGAGUGGAAAGCUCCGAGGGUCGACGAGGCAAGCGAGCUCGUCUUUGCGUUCAAGUUCUCCUCUUGGAGCUUCCUCAAGGGCGACCCGCUGCGGGUCAAGCUGGAAGGGUUCGGAGGGGAGAGGAGGGAGGGCUUCCCAGUCUCCCAGACGCCCAUUCUUGCCGAGUUGAGCCCUCCCUCUACCCUCGCUCGCCAUCCCUACGGCUGCCCCUCCAACGCGGGCUGUGCCAGCAUGCAGUACGCAGGAGACUCGCUCUUCUCCUCUGCCUCCUGGGACCCGCAGGCCUCUCUGCUGGUGUUCACAGCCUCCAAGGACGUCCCUGCUCAGACCAGCAUCGUGCUGGUCGUCUCCUCCUCGGCUGGGCUGCGGGUCCCAACGGUCGGGCUGUGGAGCAAGUCACCGGUGUCCAUCCCCCUUGACUUCCCGCUGAACCUCUCGACCUCUGUGCUGCAGAACCUCUACCCUGUGAUGGCGUACAGGACUGUGUCCCUGUCCUUCUCUCCUCUCCUCCCGAACAGGAGGGUCGAGCUGGUCUUCAGGAUGCAGCCAUGGGUGCAGAUGCAGGCGGGAGAGAACAUCACGCUCCUUCUCCCUGGCUUCGUUGCCCAGCAGAACGCGAGCUGCCGAGGAGGACGGGAGUUCUUGGCGAGUUUCAACUCCACUAGCAGCGGGCAGCUGCUAGUCUUGUUCACGCUCCUGCAAGGCGUGCUUCCCCUGGGGGAGAGGAACGUCAGCUGUUCCGGCCUCCUCUCCCCUCCCCUCGGGACGUCGGGCCUCGUCGCCAUGAGCUCCUUCCUCCCCUUGAGCAGGAGGCCGUCGGAGCAGAGGGCAGACCUGCAGUUCAUCCUCCCUCCCCUCCUCAACGUCAGCCUGACCUUCAGCAACGACACCAGCUCUGACGCAGUCGCUCUGCUCCUCUCCUUCAACCUCUCCAUCCCCCUCGUCGCCGGCGACCGCAUCGAGCUCCUCCUUCCGGGCUUCAAGUCACAGCGCACAUCCUCCGUCUCCACGGACACCGGGAGGGUGCAGUACGACGGCUCCUCCCAGACCCUCUCAGUUACGCUGACGGUGGACCUGCCGGAAGGAGGACCCAGGAGUCUCCUCGUCCCCCAGAGCGCGAAUAUGUUCCUGCCCCUCCGCGGCCUCGAGCAGAACGAUCCUUCUCUGCGCUGGAGGGUGAGCAUGAGCAAGCAGGAGCAGGAGUGGCUUCCCUUGUACUACUCUCAGAGGAUCACGCAGAGGCUGGACAACAGCUCCGUCUCCUUCCUCACCCCUCGCGCCGGGCAGCUCACCGACCUCCUCCUCACUGUCCGCUCCUUCGAGCCCUACUUCAAGGACGGCACCUCCAUCCUCCUCCUUCUCCCAGGCUUCCCUCCCACCUCCGGCCUGACCGUCACAGGAGCUGACAAGGUCUCCCUGGUAUGGAACGCGAGCUCCCAGCAGCUCACCGUCACCAUCCUUCAGCUCGGAGCCGCCGCAGACAGCAGGAGCAUCUCCCUUCUCUUCCGCAAGGUUCAGUUGCCCCCAGCUGGAGUCGACCUUCUCGCCUCCUCCUCCCUGGCCUUUAGCCUGCUCUCCGACGGUCGCAUGCUGUUUCCCCCACAGCCCUUCACCUCCGUCGGGCUCGUCGGCGCGCUCCUCGACUCGCGGAUCGACUUCUUCCCCCGCAACCCGCCCGGCUCGCUGCUUGGCCUCAACCUCGCCUUCACCCCUGGCAUGCAGCUGCUGAUCGGAGAAACCUUGGAGGCGAGCUGGAAGCAAUCAUCGCAGCAGCUCAUCCUCACCGCCUCCUCGCUGCUCCCUCGCUUCACCCCGGUCGACGUCGUCGUCCCCUCCUCCUCCGGCAUCCGGUCGCCGUCGGCCGGCAUUGCCAGCUGUGCAGCAGCAGCAGCCUGCCCCCUCCGUCUCUCCUCCUCUGCUCGCAGCGGGCCUGUCCUCUCCUCCGACCUCGUGGACUAUCAACCCCUGGGGUACGUCAAGAGGAUCAGCGUUGCCUUCUCCUCCUACGUCAUCGACACGCCCGUCUCCCUCUCCCUCUCCCUCUCCCUCUCCCUCCAGCUGGCCGCCGGCGACCAGAUCCUUCUCUACCUCCCCUCCUUCUCCUCCUCCCUGGUCGGCCAGGACGUCUCCGGCUCCUUCUCCCACCCCCUGCUCUUCCUCGGGCCGCUGGCGAUGGAGGGAGGAGCGCUGGUGGUGACCUUCAUCGCCCGGGGCGUCGUUGCCAUCGAUCAGGACGUCUCCUUCCUCCUCUCCUCCUCUCUCCGCAUCUUCCUCCCUCCCCGUGGCAUCAGGCGAUCGGCGAACCAGCUCGACCUGCUGGUGAGGAGGACGGUCCUCUCCGGCCCUGUGGACAUCCUCCCCCGCAACUCCCUCUUCGCCCUUCCCCUCCUCUUCUCCUUCGACCAGGCUCGCGUCUCCUUCGACCCUCCUCGCGCCGGCCCCGUCUCGAUCUCCUUCCUCCUCAACCCUGCCGUACCCUUGGCGGAGGGCGAUACGAUUCACCUCCUCCUCCCUCAGUUCCGGCAGACCGUGCUGGUCCCAACGCCCCACGAUCUCCUGCUGGGGUCGACGAGGGUGGCAAGCUGGCGGGUCGAGGUUGGGGGGAUAGCAGUCCAGCUGCUACAGAACGUGACGGCAAACUCAAGCAUGCAGUUCUUGGUCAACAGCAGCGAAGGUUUCCUGGUACCCCUUGAAGGCAUCUUGGCAGACUCGCUCCCCCAGCUCAAGUUCCAGGGACAGGAAGGGAAACUUGACCGUCUCCUCCUCUCCUUCGACCCUGUGCAGGCAGCCCUGCUGAACAUGCGGAUGACCUUCCUUCCCGCCAUCGCCAACACCGUCGCCUCGGUCACCAUCUCCUUCGUCGGAACUUCCGAGCUCAUGAAAGACGAUGUGAUCAGCUUUUCACUUGCAGGCUUCACGAGGCAGUUCGACUGCUGGGACCAGCAGAGCUCGUAUCCCCAGCGCUGCAUCUACUCAGUCAUCGCCUCCUCCAAAUUCUGCCUCCCUUGCGGCGACGGCUGCCUCCUCCAAUCCGGCACUCGAGGGUGCUUGUUCACCGUCCUCACCAGCCUUGGGCAGCAGCAGCAGCGGCGGCAGCAGCAGCAGCCUAGCGAUCCUACCGUCUUCAACGGAGCAUGGCUCCCCAGCACCUCAGUCCUGCUCAUCAACACCAACAGCAGUGUCGCAGCUCGAAUCCCCGUCUCCGUCCUCCUCCCAGCUGCCCUCCAGCUCGUCCUCCCCGCAGCUGGAGUCAGCGCUUCCUCCCCCCUCCUCUACUCCCUCUCCAACAGGUGGGGUGACAUGAAGCAGCAGAACGUUCCUAGCAGGACCAUCGUCGCCGCGUUCCUGCAGCUCCCGACCGUACAGUUCGGGUCGCACCGCGCCGGUCUGUCCGACUCCCUUCUCCUCUCCUUCACCCUGGCCGUCCCCCUCCUCCGGGGAGAUCUCCUUAUCCUCCAGCUCCUCGAUUUCCUCCCCGCUCCUGCCCUUGCGCGGUCUCCGACGGUCAGCGUCUCCUCGACGCCCGCUGGCCUCUCCCUCUCGGGCAGCUGGAACGCUUCCUCCCGCCAGCUAACGUUCUCCGUGGAGCUCGAUCGGGUGGAAGGAGGAACUCCGAUCUCGCUGCUGAUGGCGCAGGGAACCUUCAUCCUCCCCUAUCAGGGCCUCCGAGGGGAUGAAAACAAAAUCUUCUUGCAGAUCAUUGGAAGCAUCGGGGUCGUCGAUCCCUCCCCUGUCUCUUACAAGGUUGUAAUGAUGCAAACUCAAUUUCAAUCGUCUCAGUCGGUCCGGCUGGUGACAGCCGUUGGCUCCGACGAUCUCAGCGGGGACUGGCGAGGAGAGACGGUCUCAAGUGCAGGAUACGUGGAUUACAUUACAACUCUCAAACUUGGUUGUAUCUCAAUCUCAACGACAUGUCCCGCCAUCGCCAACUACGACUGCAACUACAUCCAAACUCCGACACAUGUGCAGGUUGCUGGGGAAAACAUGCAGGUAUCAACGCAGACUUCAAGGUUUCACUCUGUCACUGACGACAUGACGUACCUGCUGUCGGGGAGCUCCAGCGUUUUGACCAUCAAGAGCAAAGACAACGGUCAAGUCAAUGUUUACAACUCCUCGAACAACAAGAACGCUUGCCUCCGAUAUCGUGCACUCCGUCGGGUGAAUCUUGAAGGCGAUUGGGAUACAAUACUGGAGAUGCAAUGGCCGAGUACCUUCCUUGCUAUUGUGAGAGGGACUGGCGACCUGGCAGUGAGGCUUAGGUUCAAGCUCACGGCGAUCAAACAGUUCAGCCCGUUCGGGCUUGAGCUGGCGACGUCAUACGAGAACGAGUACCUCAAGCUGGCACUGGCAGACAUCGCAGGAGUGUCUUCUACCAGCGUCUCCUUCACCAGCGACAAGUAUCCUCCGGUCCCUUCUCCUUUCUCCCUCCCCAGCCCGCAAGCUCACACAGAACAACAGAUAGAGCAAUGCAACCAGCUCGACUCCUGCAACAUAGAAGCAUGGUUGUCUGCUGAGACGGUCGAUCAGAAGACUAUCGUCUCAAACUGGAUCGCUCAGAUCAGCAAGGCGUUUGAUUCUGGCGAUUUCAACAAGCGGCUCAGCGUGAGGGAUUUGUUUGCUACAGCUACGCUCAACGAAAAUCCAUUUCCCUCCAAACAACUGGACAAGGACACGACUUGCCCUCCGGGAAUGGAUCUCAUCAAGUCAACGGACGUGAACGAGGCAGGCAUGCUGAACCGCAAGUCCGCCGACUGCCUCACAAAGAACGGAGCGCUCGACGGGGACAAUGUGCAGUACGAUCAAUCCUACACUGUGACCUUCACGCCCACGACGAUCCUGCUGCGCAAUGGCAACCCUCCCAGCAGUCUGGCGUCUGCUACGAGCCCCCCCGCGCAGACCAACGUCACCACGACAUUCAGCGCAGGGCCACGGAGGGAGCCAGGUAUGCUGGCAGCGCUGGUGGUGGCGAUGCUGCUGUUCGUGGCAGUGGGGGUCAGGGGAGCGACUGAGUGA